CUUCAUAGAUACGGCUGGAAAAUGUCUUUGAUUUGGCUUCAGGUCGGACAGUGCGGCAACCAGAUCGGCCAGGAGUGGUGGCAGAUACUCGCCAACAAUGCCGCGGAAGCUGACCGGUAUCCUUAUUUCUCACGAGACGGGUUGAUUAAUGCGAUCUGCGUUGACAGCGAACCAAAAGUCAUUCGGAGGUUGCGGCAACAGGUGAAGAAAGGAUACUUCAGAGACGCCAAUAUCAUUGCAGGCCGUAAAGGAAGAGGAAAUAACUGGGCCUAUGGUAAGAAGGGGGGGGGUGGGGGGCUGUACUCUGGGGACAACACUGGGUCAGAUGGAAGCUUGCUGGAGCAGACGAUGGAGAGUUUCCGCAAAGAGGUGGAGAGACGAGACUGCUACAGCGGCACGGUGAUUCUGCACAGCUUGUGUGGCGGCACUGGCUCUGGUCUGGGUUCCCAUCUUUGUCAGGAGAUCCGAGACGGCUAUCCAGCGGGUCACAUAUUGAGUGUGACGGCGGCACCCCACGAGUCCGGUGACACCCCACUGCAGCAUUACAACUCGCUGCUCUGCCUGUCCUACCUGCAGAGGUACUGCGAUGGGGUCCUGCUCUUCUCCAAUGAUGAUGUGAUGAAGAGAGUGGCCUCUAUAGCUGAGAAAAAAAUUUUCUCUUCCUCCGGCCUUCAGCCAGGAGUCUCCCUCACUGCAAUGAAUACGCACAUUGCUUCUUGUCUAGCCGGCCUCCUCUAUCCCGUGUACUCCCUGAAGACGAGAAGCACGGUCAGUAUGGGGCUGGAGCCCUGGGAGCUGAUCCGAUCCCUGUGUCCGAUGCCCAGCAUGAAGUUUCUGCACACGGCUCAGGUCUGCAGGAGGGGAACGGCGUUCUGGGAUAAGGUGACGUCCUCUGUGGUGCAGACCGUCCCUCGAGCAAAUCCUCAGGGCCAACUUCAUCACAGUCUGUCUGUUCUGGCCGUGGCUCGGAAUUCCCAGGAUUACUCCUUCCUCCUCUCCCGGGACUCCGUACUAACAAAGCUGAAGCAGUCCUAUCGCUGCGUCCCCUGGAACCCUUCCCCCAUCCAAUGCUGGACAGACCCCCAGAAUAUUCUGGACCCCUCGUGUCACAGCCACUCCCUGACCGUCUGCGCCAACCACUCCAGCACAGCCGACCUGGUGAGGAGCAUUGUGGGUAAAGCACGCACCAUGCACGAGGCCGGGGCCUACCUGCAUUGGUAUCGGAGGUACGGCUGCGAGGACGAGGACUUCCGGGCGGCCUUCGACACUCUGAACUGCGUUGCGGACGAAUAUGACAGCCUGAGGCAGCCGUGACCCG